AUGAUCAUAGCAUAUAAGUUUGACAGAAACGCCUUCCCGUCCCCCACCCACUUGCUCCUCCCAUCGCCUGCCUGGUCGCCUUCGCGCUCGCACUCAAACGCUCUCCCCGCGCCCUUCCUCUCUCCCUUCCCAUCACUGACCUCGUCGCCCUCGUGCUCGUCCCGAAAUGCCUUCCCAUCGCCUUUCGUGUCUUCUCCCCAAUCAUUAAUCUCUGAAACGCUCUCCAUCGUCGGCCAAUCCGCCCUUCGCUCUUGCUAUGCAAUGCCCUCUCCAUGCCCUUCCUCCCUCCCCUCACAAUCUGUCUUCCCUCCCCACAUCCCGUCGUUCCUCUCUCCCCUUCCAUCCCGUCGUUCCUCUCUCCCCUUCCAUCCCGUCGUUCCUCUCUACCCUCCCACCCCGUCGUUUCUCCGCUCUACCCUCCCAUCCUGUCUUUCUUCCUCUCUCCCCUCCCAUCCCGUCGUUCCUCCUCUCUUCCUUCCUAUCCCGUCGUUCUUCCCUUCUCCCCUCCCAUCUCGCCGUUCCCCCUCCCUCCCCUCCUCUCUCAACCGAGCUGCCAAGUGGCCCACGCCCGACGUUGCUUGCACCGCUUCCAUCGAGCCGACCCCUCUGUUUGCCGCCGACCCGCGGCCUCCGGCGGGCGCCAGAAUGCGUGCAGUGCGCGCGACGUUCCUAUGCCUGUCGCUCAACUUCACUCUUUGCAGCAUCUUCAACGGCCGCCACUACACGGGCCGUGGCUCCCUGCCCAUUGGCGGAUCAGAUGUCGCCACGUCAGCAGAUACGAGAUCAGCCGGCGUUUGGGCGUCGUCAGAUGCGUCGGGGUUUGUGCUGAUGGACUCGCGGCAGAUCUGCACCCACGACCAGUGGUCGCGCGCCACGCAAGGCCUCAUCCCCUCCUUACAAGCACUUACCUGGAGCACCGCGCUGUGCGACGACGAGCUGCGCCUGCUCGCCUCGCUGCCGCCUCGCCCCGCCUCGCUGCACCUUGCCCCUCCGCCCCGCACACCCCCCGCCCCUGCCACGUGCCUGCGCCCCUUCGUGCGCAAAGGCACCAAGCUCUACUCUCUCUCUCACGCGCCCUCCCCCGCUGCUGCCUCCGCCACCACUCCCCGCGCCCCCCCUCGCUGCCACGCCGCCUCCUCGCGGCACGCGGGGCGACUGGGCGGGCUUGACCUGUGCGUGAUGCUGCACCCCUCGCCGCCCCCGCUGCCCCUCUUCCGCCCCCUCUGCCCCUCCCCCGCCUCCUGCUCCCGCCGCUGCCCUGCUCCAGGCACGGAAUGGGCAUGCAGAAAGGGGGAGGGCCAUGGGGAUUGUGGAAAAAAGAGUGUGAUUCGAGGGAAGGGGAGGAAGGAAGAUGAGAGCGGGGCGAGUGAUGGUGGUGGGCAUGAUGGGGAGAGUGGGGCGAGUGAUGGUGGUGGGCAUGAUGGGGAGAGCAGAGCAGGACGGGAAGGUGAGAGUGGAGGGUGGGGUCCUGGGAGGAGUGGAGCAGGAGGGAGGGGCGAGGGCGCAGCAUGGAGAGGAAAGGCACCAGGGGAGCCCAACGGUGCAGAAGCGGACGCUGGUGGUAGCAGUGAGAGUGGGGGAGGAGGGAAUGGGGGGAGAGGAGGGAAAGGAGGGAGAGGGGGGGGAGGGGGGGAGGCAGUGUGGGAGGCGGUGGUGGAUGAGUAUGUGGAUGACGAGGGGGCGGUGCAGCACGAGGUGGACAACAACGCCCUGCUGCACACCGCCCUUGCCCUCGUCAGUCCCUCCUCUCCCCUGUCAGUCACUCAGUCAGUCA